AUGCUCAAGGAGGCGGAAGAGCUGAGGCAGCAGCUGUCGCCAGUGGCCAUCGCCACGAUCCAGGCGGAGAACGACGCCUACCGCGCCGAGCUGGCGCAGGCGCUCCGCAGGCUCCGGCAGCAGGAGAGGUGCUCGAGGCGAGGGCCGCCGCGGUUGCCUCGCAGGCCGAGGCCAGCGCGGACGUCCAGCGGCAGGUGCCCGCCGCCUGCCGCUCGGCUGCCGGGCAGGGCGGCCCUGCAGCCCACGAGAGCAGCAGAGGGCACCCGGGCAGCUCCCCGGCUGCCCAGUGUUGCCCCAGGGCUCCUGCGGGGACGCCACCGCACGACCAGGAUGGCGCCAGAGGCGGCUGCCCGCGCCGCCAGCGACGUGCAGACGGCGGCUGCCGAGGGCAAUCGGCAGCUGGCGGCGGCGGUGGCGCAGGUGCGCGCCCGCGAGGCGAGGUCGGAGGGCACCCUGCAGGAGGCCAAGGAGGUCGUGGCCGCCAAGUGCCGCGACAGACACGUCGCUCGCCGUGAGCGGAUGCGCCGCGAGGUCAACCGCUGCGCCGCGUUGGAGCAGCAGCUGACGGUGACGAGGGCGCAGGUCGAGGCGACGGGGCAGGCCCUGCAGGCCCAGCAG